AUCGCUCGGCCGGUGAAGAAGAAGCAGUGCAGUGCUCGAGACCGGAUCAAUGGGCAGUGACUGUGUGACUAAUUUUCUUUCGGAAACAACGCUGUGAUCUCGUUUUCACGGACCUAUUUUUAGUAGAGCUAAAAGAGUUUAUCAUAAUAGUAGUAGCGUGUCGAGGAUUGUAUUCUUUCAAGUGGACUUGCUGUGAGUUGACAUGUAUUGUACAAUGUCAUCGAACAGGACUUAAAUUUGUUUAGCAGUGUAGGUUAGCUGUUUUUGGACUGAGGAUGACGUCUUCACUGAGUGGUGCGAUGACCGAUGAAGAAGAGGAUCAGGAAAUUAACGUAGACUCCGGACACGAAGAGGGUGAGGAUGAGGACAGUUGUGGGGCCGACAGUUCCGGGGACUGCAGCCCUCCGGCGUCUCUUCCCUUCAGCAUCUCCCGGCUCCUGGGGGACUCCCCGACUUCCAGAGCGGUCGUACCGGGAACUCCCGACAUCGCCUCCCUCUACUCUCAUCCCGCGUUAGGUCUCAAGGCGCCCCAGGGCCUACUCUAUUCUCCGGCCGCGGGAGUCAUCCGUGUUCCCGCACACAGGCCUCCGCCCCCGGGACCCCCUCUGGCCGCACCGUUCCCCUGGCUCGCCAUCGACCCUGCCCUCAUGCACCGCAGCGCCGCCGCCGCCGCCUUCGCUUCUCAAGUCGUCAAGGAGAGGUUAUCAGCGACGUUUCCGAUGACCCGGCGGAUCGGCCAUCCCUACCAGAACCGCACGCCGCCCAAGCGCAAGAAGCCCAGGACCUCCUUCACCCGCCUGCAGAUCGCCGAACUGGAGAAGCGGUUCCACAAGCAGAAGUACCUGGCGUCGGCGGAGCGAGCCGCCCUCGCCAAAACCCUCAAGAUGACCGACGCUCAGGUCAAAACGUGGUUCCAGAACAGGCGGACCAAGUGGAGGAGGCAGACGGCGGAAGAGCGGGAGGCCGAGAGGCAAGCGGCUAACAGGCUCAUGAUGUCUCUACAGGCCGAAGCGCUCAGCAAGGGUAUGUACCACGGGGCCGGCUCCGAGAGGGGCCCUCCAGACUCUGGGGCCCUGAGCGCUCUACAGAACCUGCAGCCCUGGGCACCAGGUGGCCCCUCCCUACCACUGCAGCAGGCUCCUGACCAUUACACCCUCAGCCAGACACCCAUCGCAUCACCUAUAUGUUAGACAAGGACAAGUGUAGAAGAGACUAAAUGUGAUAGUGCAAUGAAAUCUCGAUUAUAAGUGACGUAAAGGCGUGUAAAAACAAGCUUUUUGUACAUUUUAUCUUAAAGAUUAUGUACUUUGCUAUAUAAGUGAAUCGAAAUACUAAUAAUGUCGAAGUGAAAUCAUGUUGCAUUGAAAUAAAUGUAUAACAAUAUCGUUUUAUAUUGGCUGAAAAAUAUUUUGAGGUUUAAUAUUGGUUUCUUUAAAAAAUGUGUAAAUUACUUUAUAUAUUUGGAUUUAUAUAAUAUUUUUUGCAAUUCGAAAACAUUCAGAAUUCUGAUUAUUGCUACAUAUCAGAAGUGUAACACAAUAAUUUGAAUUAUGGUUUUUAUACAUUAUCUACAGCACUUGAACUUUUGUUAAAUAUUUUAAAUUAGCUCAAAUAGUUUUAACGAAAGUAAUUUCCUUCAUUUUGGACUUUUAGUACUUAAUUACUACUGCAUUAAAAUAACAGAAAUGUAAAUAUGUAAUUUAUCUAUGUCGCGUAUGUUAGUGAUGUUUAAAAGUUAUCAAGUAUAUAAAUGGUUAAGUAUUGUCACAAACUUUAUCAUAAAUGCCACUAAAUGUUGUUAUAUGUAGCAGAUAUCAUAGUUUACUUGUGUACUUUUUGUUUGUAAAAAUAUCUCGAUCUGUAAAUAUUAGUGAGUACCUAGACGCUUUCAUGCUUGUGGACACUGUUUAUAUUGUACACUAAUCUGUAAAUUAAAUACUUACAUUAAAAUUAAUAAGAAAUAACUUUUCUGGAACAUUUCAUAAUAUUUAAAAUAUGUGCAUGUAAAAAGAAACAAAAGAAAGUAAGAAUUGUUUAGUUGCUUUAAAUGUCCAAUUAAGUACUAUUAUUGCAGUUUUGUUAAGAAAUCUUUAUUAACAAAUAAUUAGAAUUUUACUACAUUUAUAUUAUUCCUCAGAACUUUAAAUACCUGGAGUAGCUGUUGAGGCCAAUUUUAAAGUACGAGUAAUUUUACAAAUCUGUGCAUUAUUUUGAAGUCAAAGAUUUAGUUGUAAUUUUAUUUUAUUUUAAGGAUUAUAAUGAAGAGUCCAUUGUAAUUUGUUUUGUAUAGUGUAAGUUAGCUGAUUAAAGGCAACUUGUAUAAAGCCUGUAUUCUGAAAGAUAUAAAAAGCGUAACAAAUUUCUCAAA